AUGGCUCAAGUUGCCGUCGAAAUGGCACAGCAGCAGCUGCGGAGGAAGAUCAGUUCAAAAGAAAGAAAAUGGGAGGAUUCCUUUUCAAAUCCAGAUCAGACUGUGAUUAUGUGGCCAGAACAAGCCCCGGAACACAUUGAUAUUUUGACCACGUUGUAUAAGUCUCAACACGAUGAUCAAUAUGACGACAAGGUCGUUAGUUUUCUCCGGCGUUUCCUUUCUAAUCAGAGAAUGUUUGAGGAAUGGACGAUCGUUGUCGAAGAAGUGACGGCAAAGGGGCGGAGGAAACCCAUUGCAGCGGUACCGCUGAAUGUGCGUCUCUUCAUCAUGGACCAUCCUGAUCAAAGAUCUGAACUCAAGCUGAAGCUCAGACCGCUGACGUCUCAACUAAAGCAAUGCAAUUUAGUGUUGCUACUUUCAAGUCACCUACUGAAGGAGGGACUGAACGACGACGUGAGCCUCGCCUCAACUGCCUCUCAUGCAGAGCGCUCAUCUCGCGAACAAAGCGUAUGCGAUGUCGCAAGUCCUCAUCAUGUCGAAGAGAGCGCAGACCAAGGUAUUUUACACCUCAUCGAUUUCUGUUGUAUCGCACGACAUGUUUCGGGGAGAAAACGAGUUUCGUUUGGAUAA